AUGCGCAUCCGAGAACGUGCCAAGAAGCAGAAACCAGAGCCGUUAUCAUCAUUAGUCCCUUCACUAUCACUCGAUACUGCGCUUCGUGCUAUUAUCCCUUCCAAGAAAGUUGCCAGCGCUCUGCUGGAUGCCUACUUUGAGAACUUCGAGAAGAUACACCGUGUGAUCCAUAUUCCAUCUUUCAAAGAGGAGUUCGAAGCCUCUUGGCGCUCCCAAGGGUCAUUGAGCCUUUCCUGGGUCGCAAAUUUAGUCAUCAUUCUUCGCCUCGGGCUGCUCGCGCACCCCAAUCCUGAAAGUAUUUCAGAAGAUGCCUCUCCAGAAUGGCUUCCAUAUAUAGAAUCUCAGGGUUUACAGCUGGCCGAGCUGUUCUCACACUGCAGAUCAUCAGAGGGCCGACCGUCCCUUGAUCAUGUUCAAACACAAUGCUUGCUUGUCGUGGCUCGUAUCACUGAUGGGUCAAAGGCAACAGUUGCCUGGAAGCUAGCGGGACAACUGAUACAAACCUGCCUUAUCAUGGGGUUUCAUCGGGAGUCAGAAUUGGUCGGCGGGCAUAUGUCCAUCUUUGACGCCGAGAUGCGCAGGAGAUUGUGGACAACAGCCCUAGAGUUGUAUCUACAUGUCUCAAGACAUGCCAGCGUGCAAGAGCCAUUUCUUCAAGCCCAAUACAAUAUACGCCGCCCAUUAGAUAUCAACGAUCGAGACCUGUCCGCUAACAUGACACGUUUAUCAACGCCUGAUGUUAAAGUGUCUGCCACCGAUAUGUCCCUCCAGCAUGCAUUAUCAGAAUCAUUAGGACUACGCCUGCGCUUGGCCAGUUCAAAGCAUAAUGACAUCGGACUAGCGGAAUUACCAGGAGAGCACUGCGCAUCCUGUGGUCUACGCAAUCGACUUCUUUCAAAAGCCCCAUACGGACUAUCAAAUGGUCAAUUCUUUGAUCAAGGCACUUAUGAUCAGCGUCAGCACGCUAUGGCAUGUCUCACUCACCAAAGCGCAUUUCUUCAUUACAAAUUAACAGACCUUUUCAAAUCAGACCUUCAUCCUAAGGAACAGGUUCUGGACACUUGUCGCUCAAUUCUCAGCCUCUACCAGCACCCGGACCUCUCUCCAGUACAGCGAUUCAUUCUUGGGCGCUGGUAUCGAAAUGACAUCCUGACCUCUGUUAUUUGCUUAUGCUUGACGUUGAAGGUGGCUCAGCCCGAUGACCCUGACACAUGUGUCAUACCACCGACUCGAGACCUUUGCCUGGUGCAGCAAUAUUCUAAAUUAGUCGAAGAUACCCUUCAUAUCCUCUCAAUGAGACGGGAACAAAACCAAAAUGAGAUGGAGGAGCAUGUACUUCUUGUACUGCUGUUUGCUAUCGUGAAAUCAAAGGGAGUAGAAACAGUUAUUCCAGGUCAAUUACAAGAGUGUUUGAGAAGGUUUGGGCUUCCGGUCUCGCCACCACCCUGUAAUAAUACUUUGGAAGGAACAAGCCAUAGCCUGGCUUCGGGGCCAAACGUGGAGACAUUUGCGCCGACGCCCAAAAGCUUCUCGUCUGCGGACAUGGACAUGGUCUUCGAUAUUGAUUUAUUCAUGUCCGAAUUCGCUCUGGACAUUCCAUUCUAA